UCAUUCCAGCACCUCUAAUCAGAACGUAAUGAUUGGCAUUGGUUUCGUGAAAGUUUUUAAUUGAUAUAAAUUUUUUUUAAAAGUCCACAAACAAAAUGUCCUCUACUGGUGCGUCCUUCUCCGAGGACCAAUUCGGCAAGAAGUUGGACCGGUGUAUAACAGAUACCAUUGUUAAAGGAUUUGGUGGUCUGAUUAUCGGUUCUGCUGCUUCUUUAUUAUUCUUUAAACGACGAGCGUGGCCUGCAUGGAUAGGCACUGGAUUUGGUGUAGGUGUAGCCUAUAGGACAUGCGAGAAGGACUUAAAUUCAUUAAAAUAAAUGUACUCGCGUAUAAAAGUUAUUAAUAAAACGAAAUCAUUACAGUUUACGGCUUAAA